CAAGUUUAUUUUACUAUAUGUAUAGAUAGAUUCUUGGAUGAUGUUGUGGUGCGUUGACCCCAGCAGAUGAUCUCCUCGUGUAUACACAGAGGAAAGAUUCGUGCUUUUCGCCUAUGUUGCCCCAGAUAUCUAUCAGCAGUUCCCACAGCUCAAGAACUGGAUCAGCCAUUGAAGAACAGCCCUGUUCCAGAAGAUGGGGUUGCUGCCCACGUACAGAAACUUAAUCAAAUCUUGCAGUCAUGCGCACGAAACGGGGACGCUAUCGAAGGCAAAGCAUGCCACGCUCAGGUCAUCCACCUGGGGCUGCACUCCGACACCUUAACUGCCAACAUCCUCGUCAACAUGUACUCAAAAUGCGGUCUUCUUGACUACGCCCGCAAGGUAUUCGAUGGAAUGCCUCACCGGAGCUUAGUUUCGUGGAACACCAUGAUUGGGACCCUUGCCCGAGUGGGAGAGGACCAAGAGGCCCUUACCCUGUUCAUUCAGAUGCUAAGACGGGGAAAAGAAGGUGCUCAUGCUCCCUUCAGCGAAUUCACUCUCUCCAGUGUCCUCUGUGCCUGUGCUGCUAAGUGUGCUCUGCUCGAGUGUAAGCAGCUCCAUGCCUUUUCUGUUAAGGCCAUGAUGGAUGAGAAUGUGUUUGUGGCGACUGCAUUGCUUGAUCUUUAUGCCAAGUGUGGUCUGAUAAAUGAUGCUAAUUCCAUUUUUGAAUCUAUGCGGGAUAGAAGUGAGGUCACUUGGAGUUCGAUGAUCGCAGGGUAUGUUCGAAAUGAGAUGUACGAGGAAGCUUUAGUGCUCUUUCAGAGAGGUCAGGUUAUUGGACUUGAGCACAACCAGUUCUCCAUUUCUGCCAUCAUCUGUGCUUGUGCGGGUCUCGCGGCUCUUAUUGAAGGAAACCAAGUUCAUGCCAUUUUAUGGAAAGCUGGGUUUGGUUCCAACAUCUUCAUUGCUUCUUCUCUUAUAGACAUGUAUGCUAAAUGUGGGAGCAUCCGUGAGGCUUACAUUGUCUUUUUGGGCGUUGAAGAGAAAAAUACAGUUCUGAUGAAUUCGAUUAUAUCGGGUUUCGCAAAACACGCCCGCCCUACUGAAGCCAUGGUUCUUUAUGAGAAAAUGCAGCAAAUGGGAAUGUACCCGAAUGAAGUGACCUUUGUCUGUGUUUUAAAUGCAUGUAGUCAUGUUGGUUCAGUGCAAAAGGGACGGAAAUAUUUUGAUCUAAUGAUUAAGGAGUACAACUUGUCCCCCAAUGUUCUUCAUUAUGCCUGUAUGGUCGAUAUUCUUGGUCGGGCCGGUCUAGUUAAUGAAGCAUAUGAUUUGAUAGCUCAAAUGCCCUUUGAUGCUACCUCUUCCAUGUGGGGAUCUCUCCUGUCUUCCUGCAGGAAUCAUGGGAAUCUGGAUUUAGCUGUGGUGGCUGCUUCUAAAUUGUUUGAAAUCGAGCCUGAGAAUGCUGGAAAUCAUGUCUUAUUAUCAAAUGUGUAUGCUGCGAAUAAGAAAUGGGCGGAAGUUGCGAGAGUGAGGAAGUUUCUUAAAGAUAGCGAGGCUAAGAAGGAGAAGGGCAGGAGUUGGAUUGAAAUCAAGGAUAAAGUCCAUUCCUUCAUGGUUGGUGAGAGAAACCAUCCAAGAAUAGCUGAUAUCUAUGACAAAUUGGAUAGAAUGAUGGAAGAGAUGGAAAGAAUGGGUUACAGGGCUGAAACUGAACAUGACCUUCACGAUGUGGACUCUGGUAGAAAACAGGAACUCUUAAAGCACCACAGUGAGAAACUUGCUCUUGCUUUCGGCUUGAUGUGCUCAUCCCCGAAUGCACCUCUAAGGAUUAUGAAAAACCUCAGGAUCUGUGUGGAUUGCCACUCUUUUAUGAAGUUAGCAUCAAGCAUCACAGGACGAGAAAUUAUUGUCAGGGAUACAAAUAGAUUCCAUCAUUUUACUGAUGGAUCCUGUUCUUGUGGAGAUUUUUGGUGAAAAUGCUGCAGAGGAUUUUCUCCUCCUUUGAACAAAUGGGUCUCAUGCAUGGCUUCAAGGAUAGUUUCAACAGUGAAGAGAGGACUGGUCGUCGAGAAAUUCACCAGUCGAUUGAUCUCAACAAGCCAGUGUUGAAUCCGAGCAUGAGUGGACUGGGUGACCCAUCUGAGAUCCCCUUCUCUUGGGAAAACAAGCUCAUCACCGAGUUUCAAGGUGGGUUAUCUGUGAAAAAUACAAAAAAGAGAAGCUCAACGGGAAUUGGACCAAGGCAGAAUACUUCGUGCACCAACUUGGACUUAUCUCUUAGACUAUCGCCACCCAUACCAAGUCCGGUAGAAGACUUAUUAAUUUCUGGGAGGUCGAUGUUUCCAUUGUCCUCACAUCUCUGUGCAUCUCUUGGUCUUGAUGGGGAAGAGCUUUCCGAUCUCGGCAUACCCAAGAUUCCAACUAUGGUCUUGAAGGGGUGUCCCCGCUGCCAUAUGUUUGCUAUGGUGACCAAAAUAACCCUGAGAUGUCCAAACUGCGGUGGCUAUGGGUUAGUCAGGGACUUCUCUGAGGGCCCAACUAAGAGAGUGAGAAAAAAUUAGCUCCAUUUGCCUUGUUUUCCCUUGGCCUAGUCGUAGAUGGUGUAGCAUGUGCUUCUGUAACAGAAGAUCGUUGUAAUCAGCACCCAUGCCUUAUGCUUUACUUUGUUAGUUUCGCAUAUGUAUUUUAGCUUUCUCGUAUAGCUAGAGUACCUCAGACAGAAGAGAGUUGCAACGUAUCUUUGAUAGAUCGUUGCAGCAGAACUAUUGCUAGUUAUAUGUGAAAAUUAUCUAUCUAGUGUAGUAAAUUAAUGUGAUGUUUGUCAUCUCUAUCAACUGAUCUGUGCUUUGGUA